ACACAGGUGCAAGACCACUGACGACCACCAGAGACCCUUGAGGACCACCGACUCAAAUCACUGAGCAUGCGUGACGGGGAGGAGAAUAUGGAAAUGAUUUCCCAGAAAUGAUUAUCAUAGGACUGCCUUUUCUUGGAAAUAUAAUGAAUAUGUAUAUUUUGAUUCUAUAUAACCUGUGUGUUGGUGAUCACCUGGCAUGCACGUUGGGUGGAGCUAUCCCCCGUGCAUCCAGCGCUGCAAUAAAGAAUGCCUGCCUUUUAACACUACAUUGGUGUUACGAGGUUUAUUCCCGGAUUUCGGUGACAGUUUUGGCGACCCAGGUGGGACACUGCUUUUGAACCUCGACGGAUCCGUGGGAUCGCAGGACCUCCAGCCAGCACCGGGGAAUUCUCGGGGAGAACCUCCGAUCCCCGGACCGAAGAGCUUUGAGCAAGACCCCUGGGAGAGGAAAGACCCUCGAAGCGCUUAGAAGAUAUAUUGUGCUGACCAGGCCGCUUGCUCUUGAUACGCCUGUACAUCCAUACCAGCCGGGUGACUUUGUGUAUAUAAGGACAUGGGGUUCUGAACCACUCCAGGAGAAGUGAAAGGAACCUUUCCAGAUACUGUUAACAACUUAUACCGCGAUCAAGGUAGAAGGAGUGGAGCCUUGGAUUCACUACACUCGAGUAAAGAAGGCACCACCAGAUCAGUGGACAUGUAUGCAAGAGGGACCUUUGAAACUUAGACUGUGUAAAAAUUCUAAGGAUCAAUUUCUUUAGCCUAUUAUCUAUUGAAUUAUGAAUAUUAUGAAUUGUUUGAUUAGACUGAUAACACUUUUUUGUAUUUCAUCACUAAUUUGUAGCCAAAGAAAUACAGAAUGGCCAUGGUCCCAAGCUGUUGUCCAAUAUACCGGGAGUGUGGGACCAUAUCCCAAAGACCGUUCCCCAAAUUUAGCCACUGUAAUAAUGCAUGAAUCUGAAGUUUACCACCCACCUGAGUGGGCAUGGGACAGAAAGGACUGGGUCCGUGUCUUGACUGGAGCAAUUGGGGAAAGAAUUCAAGUAGGAUGUAGAAAGAUGGAAGGAUCUCUUCAUGAGAAAGCUUCCUCAAUUACCAUCUCCGGAAACCUAUUAGACCCUAGUUCUAAUAUUACGAGACUCUGUCCCACCACUGAAUGGAAAUGUAACAAGCAAAAUUCGCUCAUUACGUGUUGCCGCCAACAGAAUGUCGGUAACUACUCUUUAGACCCUAGUACCAAUAAUGUUGAAAUCACCAAAUCCUGUAUUAAGGAACAAGGAGAUUGUUGAUAUAAUUUUACUUUAACUAAACCAGUUUAUGUGGUGUGCAACUGACGACCUAAUCCAUUGACAGGAGGACUGUCAGGUCGUAUAUUUAAAUUCAAAAUAAAUGCUGUAACUAAACCCCUAGUGAUGCUUGUUGCAGUAGUCACGCAUGCUGAUACAGAUACUCUCUUUACGUUAACUAGUAAAGGUGAAGUCACCCCCUCUUUUAUGGUACCACAAGGAAAUGACAUCACAAUAAGAUGCAGAUUAAUCACUGAAUCUCGCAUUGAACCUAUAAACAGUUAUGAAAUUGGACCACAUGGCCCUAUUUUGUGUAAAAAUCAAAAUUUAGACUGUUGGUUAAAUUUGACUGCUGUACAAUACUCCCAUAAAGUAAUAUGUGGUAAAAAUAAUACCAAAUACUGGGGAGAACUUAAAAUAGAUGUCAUAAUACCUACUACCCAACCAAUUGUUGCGCUUAAUUCGAAAAUCUUUGAAAUUGGACCGUAUGUGAUUAGAAAUACAGGCUUGCAACAAAUGUUGUUUAACCCGGCAUGGUCUCUCAAACGAGUUGAAUUGUCAAUGCGAAACAAUGUUUCAAAUAUUCAACCAGCUUGUUCACCUUUCUUAAAAAUUUCAUAUGAGAGAUGGACAACCUGGCUACAGAAACAAACUCUUACUAUGAAAAGGACACGGAGAGACUUGACCGGUGUUUCGGGAACAGGAUUGGGAGUUUUAAAUAGCAUUGAUUCAGAAGUAAUAAUGAACAAAUUGGCAGCUUCAGUAAGUGAUUUGGCUAAAUUACAACAACCCUUACGAUCUUCUUUAUUGGCUCUAAGAACUAACCAGUGGCUGUUGUCAAAUAUAUUGCCAACAUGGGAAAGAAUAAAUAUAAGGGACCACAAAUUAGUUACAGACGCACUUGGGGUGGUCCAGAAUAACCUCUCUUUGGCUCUUAGUUGUAUCCAGGCUCAAUUAUGGAUGCAGUCGGUAGCCGCCUCAAUUAUAAGAGAAGGUGAAGAAGGCACUCUCCCCACUGAAAUUAGGAAAAUAGUUUGGGACAGUGCUACUGAUUUUGAGAAAGAACUCCAGUCCUGGUGGAGCCUGGUAAACUUUACUUAUGAUCCCGUUACAAACACAGCUACAACUUUUGUGCUCACUAUAUCUAAUGCUACUAUAUACUCAAUUUAUCCCAUUGUCGCAUUAGGGUUGAACCACAACGGAACUAUACUCUAUCCUUCCGAGCAUAGAGUAUGGGCCCGAAAAAUGAAUGAAAAAUGGCAAACUGUUAAUUUGGAAUCUUACAUCGUGCGAGAACAACAAGGAUUUGUCUGUGAAGAUAAUGCAAUUGAAACACAAGAUAUUUGCCUGGAUAGUGAACAAAAUAUUUGCCAUUUUGAGGUUCAUCCUAACGAGAACCCUAAAACAGUUAUUAUAUAUAUUGGUAAGGGCUGUGUAUGUUUAAGGACUAUUUGUGAUUCUUUAUAUGUAGAUAAGAUAGUCGUAGAGAUUAAAAAUCAUUCAAAUUUUUGUGUUUGUAAUUUUACUAAGAUUGAUGGAUGUGACUUUUCUUAUUUGACCCCAGUCACAUCUCACCAACUUUUGCAGUCCAAUUACAUGUUGAUUCAUGAAUUAUUACCCAUACCCAUUGGAAUGAAUCUCGCUUUAGUAAAACAAUUAUUACAACACAAGGAUUUGAUUGCAAUUCUGAAAAAAAUUAGGGAAAACGGACAAAACACCCUAAUAACUGUUCAUCACAAUGUGAAAGAAAUACACCGAGUUUUUGAAAGAGCGCAGAGAGAUGCAGAACUUAGAUGGUGGGACACACUUUUCGGAUGGUCACCUACUGCUACAGGCAUCCUAAACAAGUUGUGUCACCCCAUCGUGAUUCUCUUAAUAUUGGUUUUGAUCAGUUUGAUUUUGUCAGCAAUAUUGUAUGUCAUAGCCUGGAAAAUGAUAAAUCGGUUAACAUAUCUGAGAAAACAAAUUACUCGUGAAGCUUCUUUCACUCAUAUGAUCGUCCAAGCUGUUGCAAAACAGCAAAAAAGACAAACAAUCCCAGAGUUUCCUCCAACAUAGAAAAUAAUUAGUAUAAUGAAAGUAUUGAAAUAAUUUUCAAAACUUUCAAAGGGGGGAAAUGUCACAUAUAUUUUGACAAAGCAAUCAAAAGUUGAUUAUAUAAAAGUUAGGAUAAUUUGAUUAUAUUUGUAACUUAAAGUUAUAAGGUAGCUAUAGAAUCAGAUUGGGAAAAUUAGUUUGUAACCAAGGUAAUAGGUAAUGAAGCUAACUGACCAUGGCAAGAUACAAUGCUGCUAUGUUCCUUGUACAGUCCCUACCCAACCGGACAAUAGGCCCGGGAGUAUUAAUCUUAUGAAGUAAGUUGCUAUGGGUAGAUGCACCUACAACAAGGGU